AAAAAAACGGUUUGGUCUGCUCUCUAACUCUCCAAUCACUUUUUCCCGGAACCGCCGCACGAAGCUGUAGUCAGUCGAGGUCAUCAGACGCCAUUGUUGCCGCACCUCUCUGACAAAUUUCUGCAAUCAAAGAUGGGCAGCGAAACAGAGAAGCACAAACAAGCAAAUAAAGAAGAGGAAGAAGAAAUAGUCUGCUUGGAGUCAUUCUUCAUUAACGAUGAUUACCAGUUGACGAAGUUUACAUUUGGGUCACAUGUUCUUGAGCUCUACUGUCUUCAAUCAGCUUCAACUGAUUUUGAUUUAACAGGGCAGCUGGUUUGGCCUGGUGCGAUGCUUAUGAAUGGUUAUCUCUCGGGAAAUGCUGAGAUUCUCCAAGGAUGUUCAAUUUUGGAGCUGGGAUCUGGUGUUGGUAUAACUGGUGUUCUCUGUAGCAAAUUUUGCCGUAAAGUUAUUUUUACUGACCAUAACGAUGAAGUGCUCAAGAUACUGAAGAAAAACAUCGAGCUGCAUGGACAUUCGUGCGGUCCUAACCCCUCAGCUGAACUAGAGGCUGCAAAGCUAGAAUGGGGAAAUAGUGAUCAUCUAGGUGAAAUUUUACAGAAACACAAUGAUGGCUUUGAUCUUAUCCUCGGAGCUGAUAUCUGCUUUCAGCAAUCAAGUGUGCCAUUGCUAUUUGACAGUGUUGAGCAGCUUCUGCGUAUCAGGGGACGCGGAAACUGCAAGUUCAUACUAGCAUACGUAUCACGGGCUAAACAGAUGGAUUCUGCAAUCUUGAGGGAAGGCGCUCGGCACGGGAUGCUGAUGAAUGAAGUUUCCGGGACUCGGUGUACCGUAGCAAACUUGGAAGGGGUCAUAUAUGAGAUUACUCUUCAAUAGAAGAAGAAAGGAAUUGGGUUGUUGGGAGUAAUUUAUUUUUCCCUUAAUGCUUGAAAAUUUUGUACCAUUGUUAUUUUAUGUUCUUUAGAUGCAUACAUUGUGGUUGCUUUGAAGUAUAACCACAGUUGUUAGCUGAGAAACUGUUGCAACUAACAUAUUUCCUUCAUGAUAGUUGCCAUGUCCAAUUUCUUAAUUUCACCUACUUAUCAGUUUUCAA